AUGUGCAACCAAAAGCUGUCAGUUUUCUUCAUCGUACUUUCUGUCACACUGAGCUGUUUGGAAGCUACGUCUAUUGAGAAAUUAUUAUCUGUGAGUGAUGAUCUCUCUGAUGGGACUUCCAAGAGGCAAGAGUGGAUACUGCCCAUAAUGUCACAGAACACACUCUCAGGACUUAGUGAGGAAAUGCCGGAACAGCCAGCAGCAAAGACAAAAAGUAGUCACCACCUGGAGAAACGGAAGUGCAACACUGCUACAUGUGUGACACAACGCUUGGCUGACUUCUUAGUUCGUUCCAGCAGCAACAUCGGAGCAAUUUAUGCACCUACUAAUGUGGGGUCCAAUACGUAUGGAAAGAGGGACACAGCUGGGCUUUUAAGCAGAAAAUCCCAAAACACUACAAAGCUUUAGGGUGUUAUAUAAUGACUAUCAAUACAGUUUUAAUUAGAAGCUCAGUUUCUAAUGUAUCAAUAAUCUUUUGGUCAUUUAUUACUUGUACAGUCUUAACAGUGCCUUGUUUU